GGCUGAUAUAUAAUAGUUACGAUAGUAAUAAUGUUAACGUAACUCCAAAAACAUUGAAAAGAAAAUAAUGACUGUGUGGCCUGUGAAAGCCUAAAAAUAAGGUUCAUUGGGCAGCUGAAACACCCCAACAAGGCCAGCACCAACAGGACAAGAAGAACAAACACAUCAAAAAACACCAUCAUCAUCAUCCUAUUUUAUCUUUCACUGCUUUAUUUUCAGCAAACCACACACCAAAAGCCACACAGAAAAAGAAAGAAAGAAAGAUGGAAACUCCACGCACCAUCCAAGAGUCCACAACAACACACCACCGAACACUCUUUCUUUCAAUGGCCCAGCUCAGCUCAGCAGGACCAGAAUUUAUGCUAUAGUAGAAGAAAAAUAAAUGAAAAAGAAAAAGAAAAAGAAAGCAAAGAUAGAGAGGAGAUGGAUAGAUACAGAUAUGGAUGUCUUCAACUGUGCUCCAAAAAAAAGAGAGCCAUGUCUACCAGAAAUACCCUUCUGCAACCCAUCGAAAAAAGCCAUCUUCAUCACUGUCUCAACUCCUCUAAAGAUACAACUUUUAUUUUUCACCCAGUUGAAUAUGUGGGCUUCUUUGUCUUGGUCAGAUUUUUCACAGAUUAAACAGGAAAGCCAGAAACUUCCUCUCUCUCUCUCUCUCUCUCUCUCUCCACACUUGUUCUUUCCUCUUUAUCAUUUUCUUGCUUCUCCUUUCUCCCCCUUGUCUCAUUAUCUUCUUCAUAUUUGCUUAUUUUUGGUCCUUGUGGGGGGUUAUUCUCAUAAUCUCCUCCUGUGUUUUGGAUCAUGAAGAAGAUGAAAGGGGUUGCUGCUUCUGUGGAGUAUUCUCGACAUGCCAUGUACGAGGAUCAAACGGCCAGGUUCAAACACCAGAGCCUUUUGCAAGACUUUCAAGACUUGCACAAGGAAACAGUGGCCAUGAGAAAGAGAUUGCAGAUGUUGAAAGAACGAAAAUCGACCCUUUUGGCCGAAGUCCGGUUUUUGAAAAGGAGACGCAAAUUCUUGAUGCAAAAUCAAUCUUCAAACACACGGGCAGAACAAUUCUGUGCGCAGCCACUGAAUACUAUUAUCGGAAGUAAGCCGGAUAUGAAGAGAAAGCAAUCAACCGGAAAGGAGCAUUCUUUGCGACACCGAGCUACUGGUUUUGAUUUGAACCAGAAGGGAAAGACUUAUAGUGAAAAGGAGGAAGUUACUUUGCCAAGUUCUUUACCGGCUUUCGACUUGAACCAGAAGGAAACGCAUUACAGCGAUAAGGAUGCUGCUGCUCGAAGCAUGUCACCGGUUUUUGAUUUAAACCAGAUUUCGACACAGGAGGAAGAGCUACAGGCUAAUGUUAACUCAACGAGAAUAGAGGAACUCAAGAAAAGUUCAUUCAGAAUCGUAAACGACGAGCAGCACAACGAUAUUAAGCUAUCCGCCUGCUGGAACACCGGGAACGGCCCGAGCAGAGUGGGAAAGCGAAAGAUCACAUGGCUAGAUCAGGUGGCACUAAGGGUUUAGUUUAAGUAUGGUAAUCUGAAGUGCUUAGUUUGAAGGGGACGGUACCUCCCCUUUUUUAUUGCUCUCUUCUUCUCGCUUUUGCAAUAUAUAUAGUUGCACCUAUUAUGAAGAUAAACAUGAAAAUGGAUGCUUGAGAAUCUGAUAUAUUCUCAAUCGAAAAUGAUGUUUACUUGCAUCACGAUUCAUGGUGGAUGCUGGGAGUAAUCGAGAAGCAACUUUGUUGACAUAUUC